AUGAUGGUGCAGUUAAUGCCUCAACUUUAUCAUAAUCUUACAUCACUAUGUUCAGCUGACAACGGCUUUUAUUAUAAAGAUGUUCAACUUGAUUCUACCAAAUAUCGUAUAUUCAAUUAUCGGCUUUGUUCCUACACUAGUUUCAAUUCACAUCCAUCUGCUUUAAAUUGUCGUGGAACAAUGUUCAACAUCAAUGAUCCUGACAAUGUUCUAUUGGUUUCGUUGCCACCAGAAAAAUUCUUCAAUUAUGAAGAGGGCAACGAUUGUGAACAACAUGAGCUAGGACAAUUAGGAGAUCAAAUGACUAAAAUAGAUGGAUCCUUAAUUUCAACAUUUCUCCAUUUCAACAAGAACAAUCAACCAAUUGUCCGUUUGAAAUCAAAAGCAUCGUUGAUCUCAUCACAAUCAUGUGAAGCAAUGGAAUUACUAAACGGUACUGUCACUUGUUAG